AUGGGUACGCCUACAACACUGGAUACCAACAGGCCGCCCCACCCAACAACUUGUCUCACCUCGCACUUCCCAUCUCCAUCUUCUCUCUCCACCCUCAAACAACUCCACUCUCACCUCAUAACCACUGGCCACCAACAAGACCCCUUCUUCUGCACCGCUCUCAUCUCCUCCUACUCCUCUCACAACUCCAUUGAAACAGCUCAAUUUCUCUUCAAAACCCUAUACCAAAAGACUAUCUUUUCAUGGAAUUCUCUCAUCAGAGGGUUCACGAGGAACGGGUUUUAUUGGGAAGCUCUCUCUCUCUUCAGAAAUCUCCUAUUUACCCCAACAAGACCAGAUAUUUUCACUUUUCCACUGGUUCUCAAGGCCUCUUCUGGCCUUCUAUGCUCAUACCAUGGUUCAGGCAUCCAUGGCCUCGUAAUAAAACUUGGGUUUUGUGGGUUAACCAAUGUGGGUAACUCUCUCAUGGCCAUGUACUCAAAUUGUGGAAGAAUUCAACAUGCAGUCCAAGUUUUUGAUGAAAUGACUGUUGAAGACUCUGUUUCUUAUAAUGUGAUCAUCAGGGGAUUCGGGUUGAAUGGUUUUGAAGAAGAAGCUUUAAUGGUGUUUAAUAGAAUGGUAGGUUUGGGGUUUUCACCAUGUUCUUUUGCUGUUAAGAGUGCCCUUCAGUCUUCUGCAGAGUUACGGUACUUCAGAGAAGGAAUGUCAAUACAUGGUUAUGUUUUGAGAAAUGGUUUGGUUCCUGAAACCUCAGUGUGUAAUUCAUUGAUUUCAAUGUAUGCAAAGUGGGGGAGAAUUGAUAUAGCAGAGAAAGUGUUUGAUAACAUGGGUGAGAGAGAUUUAGUUUCUUGGAAUGCCAUGAUUUCUGGUUUUUGCCAAAAUGGGUUUGGAACGGAAGCUCUGGGUGUUUUUGUCAGUAUGAAGAGAGAGAAAACUUGGGUUUUCAAUGAAGUGACCCUGUUGGGUCUGGUUCAAGCAUGUGGAUUAUCAAGGAACUUGGAUUCAGGUGCAAGCCUCCAUGCCCACCUCACUGGCUUGGGUUUCUUAUCAAAUGUUUGGAUCAAAACUUCGAUAAUGGACAUGUAUGCCAAGUGCUCUAGAGUGGACUAUGCAACUAAGGUUUUUGAGGAAUUGCAUGAUAAAAGUUUGGUUUCGUGGAAUUCACUGAUUGCUGGUUAUUGUCAAAAUGGGUAUGAAAUCGAAGCUUUGGAGCUCUUCCAUCUCAUGCUUCAAGACACAUACCUGAGACCUGAUUGUAUAACCAUGGCCAAUGUACUUCCUGCUUAUAUAGGACUUGGAGAUUUGCAGCUAGGCCAAUGCAUCCACGGCUUCAUUAUCAAGCAAGGAUUUGAUUUAAAUUCAGAUUUUGUAUUGGCUACUGUUAUUAUCGAUAUGUAUGCAAAAUGCUUGGACAUUGAGUCUGGUUUCGAGUUGUUCAUGAUUCUUGAUAACCCAACUUUAGCAUCUUGGAAUGCCAUGAUUUUUGGGUUUGUUCUAAAUUGUCAAGCUUCUGAUGGCCUGCGACUUUUCAAUCAGAUGCUACAAAGUGGGCAUAUGCCUGAUUCAGUUACUGUAACUGCCAUCCUACAAGCUUGUUCUGUUUUGGGGUCUUCAAGACUUGGUUUGUCAAUCCACAGCUUCAUUCUUCGGAGGAAUUCAAUGGCCUUAAGCCUAUGUGUUAGCAAUGCCUUGCUGGACAUGUAUGUGAAAUGGGGGAGGUUGGAAAUUGCAAAAGUUUUAUUCAAUAACAUGCAUGAGAAAAACUGUGUUUCUUAUAACACAAUCAUUUUUGGAAAUGCAAAAGUCGGUUUGCCCAUAGAAACUUUUGAGCUUUUUAACGAAAUGAGAUAUGAAAAUCAGCAUGAACAAGCCUCCAUUGCCAUUAUUGGAGUCCUGCAAGCCUGUGCAAGAUCUGGGGACCUAAGACUGGGUGAAUCAAUCCAUACCCAAGUGCUUAAAUGUGGGUUUCAGUGCGAUAACUUCGUCACUAACUCUCUCAUGGACAUGUAUGCAAAAUGUGGGUCAUUCAAUUCAGCCCACCAUCUCUUUAAUCAGUUUGGUCCAGUGAGAGAAACAAGCUCCUGGAAUGUGAUGAUAGCCGCCUGUGGAAUUCAUGGAUAUGGUAAAGAAGCAUGUCAUCUUAUGGAGAAUGCGGAAAAUGAUGGCUAUGUCCCUGAUUCUAUCACCUUCGUGAACCUAUUAUCAGCUUGUAGCCACUCAGGUUUGAUCAAAGAAGGGUGUAAAUAUUUCAGAAUUAUGAUAGAAAAGUAUGGAAUUCAUCCUAGUUCAGAGCAUCUUGGCUGCAUGGUUGACAUGUUUUCUCGAGCAGGUAAGGUCGAGGAAGCUUAUGAGAUGAUGAUGGAGAUCGGAGAGAGGCUGAAGUUGGAGAGUGCUUGGGGUGCUCUGCUUGGUGGUUGUAGGAUGAAUGGGAAAGUUGAGGUGGGAGAGAUUGCAAGUGAAAAACUUUCGAGGCUGGCACCGCAGCAUUGUGGCUAUUAUGCGCUUUUGUCGAACACUUAUGCCAUGGCUGGUAGAUGGGACGAAGUAGCUAAGGUUAGGGGAGUUAUAGGGGAAAUGGGCCUGGUAAAGAAACCAGGCUUCAGCACAGUCAAGAUCUGAGGAUGAUGGGCUAUUUAUUUCAUAAAACAAAAAAUCAUGGGCUUUUUGGUCAUUUAUUGCACAGUGAGGGGCUUCUUUUAGAAAGGGGUUAUUUUUAAUUUUUUGGAAAUUCAUAAAAAAUUUCCACGAGCUAUUUAAUCUUACCCAGUUUUUUUAUAUAAUUUAAUAAAGCUCAG